AUGUCUGAUUACACAGGUCCAGGCGUAUACGAGUUCUACCCUGCGAAUGCCCUAGGCAGACGUAUGAGCGUGUGGGGCGGGGGAGCAACGGUUGGAACAGCAGUUAAGCUCUAUGCUGCUGGAAAGACUGAGAAUCUGGCGUGGGAAAUCGUUGCCGCCGGAGGGGACAAGGGCGACCCGGAAGUGGGAGAUCGCCAAUACCACAUCGUUGGUGUUCAAUCCGGACUGAUGCUUUGCGCUGCGGAGAACGGUUCCGAUUCCGAGUGUACAAUUUCCACGCGGCCUGUCAGGCACGGUUCUUGCCGUUGGAAGAUGAUUCCUGCUAAGAACGGCUACUACUAUUUCGCAAGCGUAUUGAAUCCAGACAAAUGGCUGGCAGUUAGAGGGGGACAAGAUGCAGAUGGCGCUCCCCUAAUGACUUGGGCAAAGACCGAAGUUUCGCACUUUCAAUUUAAACUCAAGAAGCCAGACUACUAG